ACAUAGAUUUGACAGAUACCUACUUCAUACCAUUACAACGAUUACAAAGCUGUUUUGACUUUUGUCUUCGAAAUCAUAGUAAAAAUGGCUUCCGUCAAGUUCGCAGUCGUUGAUGUAAACGAUUUUCUAACAAAAAAACAAUCAACUGAGCCCGAUUUGGCAGCUGAUUGGGCAAAACUAGAAGAGCUUUACAAUAAAAAAUUAUGGCAUCAAUUAACUUUGAAACUGCUAGAGUUCGUGAAACACCCGUCUCUUCAGUCGGGUGACAAUCUCAUCCAGCUAUAUAACAACUUUUUGACUACUUUUGAGAACAAAAUUAACCCUCUCUCUUUGGUGGAGAUUAUUGCGAAUGUGGUGGAGCAAUACUCUAACAAGAAGGAUGCCAUCGCAUUCCUUGAAAAGGUUGAAGCGAAGGUCAAGAUGAAUGAUGAAGCACUUGCUUUGUGCAAGGUUCUGCAAGGCCAGAUCUAUCUGGAACAGUUAAAUGAUUUGGAUGCCACAGAGAAAAUCAUUGAACAGCUGGAAGGCACCCUGGAAGAUGCCGAUGGAGUCACCCCUGUCCAUGGACGAUUCUACAAACUGGCCUCUGAAUACUACAGGGUGCGCGGGCCGAUGUCGCGGUACUACCGCGCGACGCUGCGGCACGUGGGGUGCGCGGGCGGCGGCGCGGAGCUGGCGCCGCCGGAGCGCCGCACCACCGCGCUGCGCCUCGCCGUCGCCGCCGUCGCCGCGCCCGACGUCUACGACCUCGGCGAACUCCUUGCCCACCCAAUCCUGGAGUGUCUGUCGGGCACGCGCGACGAGUGGGCGCGGGAGCUGCUGCGCGCGGUAGCCGUGGGGGACGCGCAGGCAUUCGACAGAGUGCGCGUGCAGUCCGGUGUGCCAGAGCUCAUGAACCCUGACAACAAGCUGCGACAGAAGAUCGCGCUGCUGUGUCUGAUGGAGAUGGCGUUUAACCGCACGUCCUCCCAACGUAAGCUGACGUUCGCGGAGAUAGCGCGAGAGGCGCGCAUACCCAUCGACGAGGUGGAACUGCUCGUCAUGAAAGCACUCGCCGAGAAACUUAUCAGGGGACAUAUUGAUCAGGUGACGGCGACGGUGGUGGUGUCGUGGGUGCGUGCGCGCGCGCUGUGCGGCGCCGGCGCGGCGCUGCUGGCGGCGCGGCUGGCGCGCUGGGCGGCCGCCGUGGAGCGCGCCGCCGGCCUGCUGUCGCACACCGCGCCCGACCUGCUCACCGCCUAGCCACUCCACACCACGGAACAUAUGCCAUGAUGAAAGUAGCUGAUCUACUGAAGAUAUUGUGUUGUUGGCUCUUGAAAUAUUUAAAUAUAAUAAACCCUAAUGUAAUUAAUAAAUACAUACUCUAAA